AUGUCGUGUUUUUCAAACAUUUGUGCUUUUCAAAGUAGAGUUUAUGCGUUUUACGUUAAAAAGUUGAUUGAGAUGUUACACAGAUCAAUAAAUCGAGUAUUUCGUCCAAAAUUCUUUGUAUUGUAUUGCAUUCGAAAUCAGCCAUUAACAGCAGGAGAGACAAAAUUAUACUCGAGCCCUACUUCAGUAUUACCCGAUGAUUACAGUGUAACAGAUGUUGGUGAAGCUGAACCACCACGAUAUCGUAAAAAAGUUAUAAGCCGUGCAUUAGAAGUAUAUUUAAACGAUGUUAAUAAGUAUAAUAAAGUUAUGGCUCGAGAAAAAGCAGAAUUUGAGCUCGGAAAACGUCAUCUGGCCAAUAUGAUGGGUUUAGAUCCAAAUAGUAUCACUCAAGAAGAUAUUGACAAAGCUCUGGAAUAUUUGUUUCCUUCUGGUUUAACCGACCCAAAAGCAUUGCCUGUGAUGAAGCCUCCCGAAGAAAUAUUACCGAAAAAGCUGCAAAUAGCAUUUGAUGAUGAGGGACGACCUAAGGAUUUACUUUUUUUCACAACUGCCCCUAAAUUUUAUCGUCUUUUAUCUGUUAUUGGCACCAAAACAGAAGCACUGUUGUGCAACCAGUACAAACAGAAAGAAGUUACAGAAGUAGAUUCAUCUCCAAAUGAAAUGCAUUUGUUAGGUACCGAAUGGAUCACUAAAGAAAUGCUUUGUAAAAAAUUGGAGGAAAAAAUUUCUGACAAAAUGUACGCACACUUUAUUGUUGCACUGGAUUACAUGACUUCACUUACUGAAUCAUAUAGAGAACGAGAAUUCAUUUUUGAGUACAGAAAAUCAAUGGCUUCUGAGUGUAAAGAUAUUAUUUUUGGCACUCAAGUUCCUCCAGUGGAAUUAGUAGAAGGAACUGAUCGUCGAAUGGCGAAAGUUGAAGUUGAGUUGAAGGCAUCUUUCGCUGAAGUAGAAGUCAAAGAUAAGGGAAGUGGAAUAUAUGAGGUAGAUGGAUAUGGUCUUGAUGUAUUCCGGUCUUUACAAGCUAGGGAAGUAUUUCUCGCGCCUCUUAUAGUGACUAACUUGUUAGGAAAAGUGGAUAUCACAGGUAGGAUUACUGAUGGUCCUGGUGGUUCCUCCGUGAUACCCAGAAUCAUACGGCAUGGUGCUUCUUUGUGCAUUGCUGCUCUUUUCCCUGAGCAUUUUGAAAAAUUGCGUCUUGCUGGACUACUGACAUCAGAUCCGAGAAAGCGCGAACGAAAAAAGAUAAAUCAAAAGGGUGCUCGAGCUAAAUGGAUUUGGUAUCUCUUUGUUUUGUAG